CCCGUGUUCCCUUUCGUGUUUGAUUUAAGAAGUUCCCGGCGGCCAUGGCAACUCGGGUCACCAACCGCGUCGUUCAAUCAGAAGAGGCUAUAAGGGAUAGGAGCCGUCGCCAGGGAGGAAGAGAACGGAGCGAGUAGCCAUGGCCGCCAGGAACUUCUUCGUCCGAUCCCCCAAGGAGGAGGAAUCCAGCGCCGCCAUCCGAGAGGCUGUCCUGUUGGGAGGGAAGAACGCCGCCAUUGCUGGCACCGUGGUCGCGGUUCCCACGUUCGUUGCCUGCCGCGUCCUUCCUUGGGCUAAGCAUAAUCUGAACUACACCGCGCAAGCGCUCAUCAUAUCGACAGCCUGUGUCGCCGGCUUCUUCAUCACCGCGGAUAAAACCAUUCUGCGAAACGCAAGGCAAAACACCAUCGGGAGGAGGACCUGAUCCAGGACUGUACAGAAUCGCUGGCCCUCUGUUCCAUCCAUGAUCCAUUGAUGGUGCUGCAUGAGGAGACGUCGAAUUUCAGUUUCAGUUUUUCUGUACCUUGCAGUGUAAAGAAGACUAAUGAGAGUUGCUGUUUUCUAGGGCAGUGGAUCCCGUUUGCUCCCAGUUGAAAGUGGAAUAAAAGAUGGAAUGUUUUCCUUGUGCCCA